AUGAAGCUCAUCAGUACUCAUUGUUUCCUCAUUUCUGUUCUCCUCUUUAGUCUUUUCCUAAUCAAUAUCGAAGCAGCAAAAAUCACCUUACAGGAAGAGAAAGAUGAUCAUCAAGAACUCGCCAUUGAUGAUGAUUCUCUGAACUCUUCUAACAACGAAACUGAAUCAAACUCUUCGUUCUUGCACAGAAAUGACCGCUCUCUCAGGCAAAAGAUGAGAGCGCGUGCGGUGCGGUUGACCUGUAACAAGUUCCCCAGACUAUGUUAUGCUAAGGGAAGCCCAGGACCUCAUUGCUGCAAGAAGAAGUGUGUUAAUGUUUUAACAGACAAGCUUAACUGUGGGAAAUGUGGGAAGAAAUGCAAGUACAGUGAGGUUUGUUGCAAAGGGAAAUGCGUGAAUCCAUCUUUCAACAAGAGUCACUGUGGCGGAUGCAACAAUAGGUGCAAAGAUGGUGGCUUUUGUGCAUUCGGCCUAUGCAAUUAUGCAUAA